AUGGAUUCAAACGCUUCAAGCUUUCUUCUGAACUCUUCAACUUUUCACCCAGAUUUCUAUCAAGGCAAAGAGGAUGAUGAAGAUGGCAUGAUUGAUCUGGGACUUAGCCUCAGAACUGUCCAGCCUGAAGCUUAUCAUUCAUCUAGCAACUUUUUAAGCUUGUGGAGAUAUGAUGACGACCUUAUGGAUUGGCCACAGCCUAAUCUCAACCUCAAGAGCUCAAGCACAAUGCAUUCUAAAUCUGUUCCAGAAAACUUUGAUGAAGAAAUAGAAGGUGUCCAAAGCAAUGAUAGGUGGGCUUAUGUUAAGGUCAACAUGGACGGUGUUACAGUAGGCAGAAAAAUCUGUGUCCUUGAUCAUGAAGGCUACCCAAGCCUUGCAAACCAGUUAGAAAACAUGUUUGGAAGCAAAUCUGUUUCUGGUUUGAAACUGUUCCAAUCUGAGUCAGAAUAUUUACUGUUCUACAAAGACAGAGAAGAUCAUUGGAGAACCGUAGGUGAUGUCCCAUGGAAAGAAUUUGUAGAAAGCGUGAAGAGGUUGAGGAUCACAAGAAAGAAUGCAGCCUAAAUUUUCUGUCCUUCCUCAUGUUUCCGCAUUAAGUAUCUGAGCUAUCAAGUCUUAAAUAAUACAGACAUUUUGAAUGUUACUUAGCAGUUACAAGUUUUAUUAUUAUUAAUAUUAUAAAAGUAACAGUUUGCCAGGGUGUUCUACAUUUAAUAAUGCAUUGGUUAAA